GAAGCCCGCGGGCUGCCAGGGUGGCUGGCCUGGGAAGGCACCGGGGGAGCGCUGCUGACGCAAGAUAGUCCAUCUGUGUUCCCUUGUAGCCUGCAAUUUCGAGACCUCUUCCUUGCCUCUACUGGAGACCCCGAAACCUGUUCCUUAACUCUGACCAGCACCUUAGCUCACAAUGGGGAACCACUUGACUGAGAUGGCGCCCACUGCUUCCUUCUUGCCCCAUUUUCAGGCCUUGCAUGUGGUGGUCAUCGGCCUAGACUCAGCUGGAAAGACCUCCCUCCUUUACCGUCUCAAGUUCAAGGAGUUUGUCCAGAGUGCCCCCACCAAAGGCUUCAACACUGAGAAAAUUCGGGUGCCCUUGGGGGGGUCCCGUGGAAUCACCUUCCAAGGGGAUGUUGGAGGUCAGGAGAAGCUGCGACCACUGUGGCGCUCCUACACCCGCAGGACAGAUGGGUUUCGUGUGGUGGACGCUACAGAGACUGAGCGGCUAGAGGAGGCCAAAGUGGAGCUACACCGAAUCAGCCGGGCCUCGGACAAUCAGGGGGUGCCAGUGCUGGUGCUGGCCAACAAGCAGGACCAGCCUGGGGCACUGAGUGCAGCUGAGGUAGAGAAGAGGCUGGCAGUCCGUGAGCUGGCAGCUGCCACACUCACCCAUGUGCAGGGCUGCAGUGCUGUGGAUGGGAUAGGCUUGCAGCCCGGCCUGGAGCGCCUGUAUGAGAUGAUCCUUAAGAGGAAGAAGGCCGCCCGGGCAAGCAAGAAGAGACGGUGACCUGAGGCUGCCCCCUCCCUAUCUACUAGGGGUCUGUACACUUGGAUAGUCAGGCAGAGUCUGUGACCUCAGUUAGCCCUGGGUGCAGGACUCCUCCACCUCAAUGAAGGACUGAGGAGCAUGGAUUUUUGUUUUGGUGCCACACUGGGGGAGGGGAUGGCAGAUGGGAUGUCUUCGCAUCUCUCCGUCCUUACCCCUAGAGAAGUAGGGGCUGCAAGACUGUGGAGACUUAGAUGUAAAUGCUGACUCUACCUCGAUCCUGGUUCUUUUUUUUUUCCUUCUAGCUUUUUAUUCUGAUGUUUUUUGAGGUGGGGUCCAAAGUUGCUUAGAGAAUGCAUUUGGUAUGAAUGAACGUCCUCUCCUCUCACCCGCCAACUGGAGGAGGGGUCUCCCCAGCUACUUUUCUAGGGACACCAGUCACAAUAGUCUUGUGUGUGUGUGUAAAUGCCAGGAACGGUUCCCUACAUUUGUAGAUCCACAGCCCUUUUUAUAAGCUGUGUGU